AUUGUGUUCCUGCAGCAGGCAGGACUGAGAGCUGGGACUUAAGACGGCGGAAGGGUCCUGCGCUCACGGGAAAUGUACCAACAAAGAAUUCUGAGAGAAUAUAUUCAGUUAUCCAGCUGUGAUUAAACACGACACUGCUGUAUUUUAAUUUCAGAAAUUGAAGAGGGCUAAGAGGAAGGAGAAAAUGCUGGGCUGGUGUGAAGCGAUAGCUCGCAACCCUCACAGAAUUCCCAGCAACACACGGACACCUGAGAUCUCAGGGGAUUUGGCCGACGCCUCACAGACCUCCACACUGAAUGACAAAUCCCCAGGGCGAUCUGCAAGUCGAUCGAGCAACAUUUCAAAAGCAAGCAGCCCAACCACAGGGACAGCUCCCAGGAGUCAAUCAAGGUUGUCUGUCUGUCCAUCCACUCAGGACAUCUGCAGAAUCUGUCACUGCGAAGGGGAUGAAGAAAGCCCCCUGAUCACACCCUGCCGCUGCACGGGGACCCUGCGCUUCGUCCAUCAGUCCUGCCUCCACCAGUGGAUCAAGAGCUCGGACACGCGCUGCUGCGAGCUCUGCAAGUAUGACUUCGUGAUGGAGACCAAGCUCAAGCCCCUCCGGAAGUGGGAAAAACUACAGAUGACCACGAGUGAAAGGAGGAAGAUAUGCUGCUCGGUCACGUUCCACGUCAUCGCCAUCACCUGUGUGGUGUGGUCCUUGUACGUGUUGAUAGAUCGGACAGCAGAGGAAAUCAAGCAAGGCAAUGACAACGGUGUCCUUGAAUGGCCAUUUUGGACAAAACUGGUUGUGGUGGCCAUUGGCUUCACAGGAGGUCUCGUCUUCAUGUACGUACAGUGCAAAGUCUACGUUCAGUUGUGGCGCAGGUUGAAGGCCUACAACCGUGUGAUAUUUGUACAAAAUUGCCCAGACACUGCCAAAAAACUGGAGAAGAACUUCUCGUGCAACGUGAACACAGACAUCAAGGACGCCGUGGUAGUGCCUGUAUCACAAACAGGUCCAAGUUCACUGCCAUCUGCGGAGGGCGGCCCCCCUGAAGUUGUAUCAGUCUGAUGGAACCAGCUGGGAGUUUCAUCUUUCUUGCCCUCAGCCACUACACAUGACAGAAGUGAUCUUGAAUUAUUCACUUCCUUUAGCUCCUCCUUUCUCCUCCUGAAGCAUUUUUCCCUCACUUUGCUCAAAAAGGAAAGGAGAACACGCCAGGAUCCUAUGAAGUACAGCCUAACGUGCGAUAUGGAAGUGUGACAGUUAAGGACCACUGGAGCGAUGGCUUUUAGGCGAUGGUAAAAAUUAACUGGACCUGUGAUACUCUUCACGGUAGCAGGGGAGAAGUUCAAGAUUACAGACUUGAAUUACAAUGUGUUUUUCUUCUAGGGCCUUGUAAUGUUACCUAUCUCAUCUGGAAAUAACAAACAUAUUUGGUUUUAAGCCUGAAAUUGUCUGCAUUAUCUUUAAGUCACAUGGGAAGCAAAGUUGGAGGCUGCAUAUUUUGAUAUACUCGGACAGCUAACCGAUUUUUAUGGCUACAGUGGAGUCCGGUUAUUUUGACAGAUGCAUGUCUCUAAAACAUAUGCAAUACACGUUUGAAGACAUUAAUACUUGGGAUUAUUUGAAUCAUGAACGAAAGAUGUUCAGAGAACUUUUGGGGUGAAGUAGCUCUGGUAACUACCCACAGAAAUCAGCUAUCAGGUCCUCUGUUUCCAUCUGGCCCCUUUCCAUAGUGCAGUCCCACAGAUACACAACCUGAGCCACAAAUGUGGGCCACAUAUGUAAAUUUUUAAUUUCCUGGUAGCCCCAUUAG